AUGCGAGCGUCCCAAUACGAACCCUUCAUAACUGACAAAAAGGAAUGGAUUAGUGAUAAGUACUUCACUCAACAACGUUUGGCAGGAGUCAAUCCCAUGUCUUUGAGGCGAGUGACUUUCCAUGGUGCCUCUGAAGGUCAGUGAUUCUCUCUUUGAACUCCCUUCUUAUUGGAAAAAAGUUGCUUUAAUUUAAUCUUUUAUCAAAUCCUUCCAACAAGCCAAUUUCCUUAAUUAAUGAAAAACUGGGCAAAAUUAAACAGUUUACAGUCCUGUUUGAAAAAACUGCUGUUUAAAAGACCUUGGGUAAUGAGGACUCGAUACUUUGGAAGUGUCAGUUAAUUUCAGCUUUAUAUCCAAGUGCGUGUGAAUUUUAAGAGCUGGGGUCUACAUUUACGCUAACACUUUUCAUUUACGAGUGAUAAUACAUUUCUUUUAAAGAAUUCCUUAAGCCUAAAAGUAAAUACACAACAUGUUUUUUUUUUUCACCAUUCCGGAUCGAAUUGGAAGUGAUAGUUUUUGAGGAAAAGUUACAUUCGGGGAACUUGGAAAUUAAUGAGUUAUUUCUUUCUCCCGUAGAACCAAUAGGACUGGACUGGGACAAACUUAAGGAAUUGCUGAACCCCAAUUUUGACUGGGAAACUGCUGUUCAAAAGGUUUUGGGUAACGGAGACUCGAUAGCGGAGGUAAGUGUUUCCUCGUAUUUGUCUCUAGUUUCUAUGAAUUAUGCACUCCCUUAGUGCACUUGAAUUUAUAGCGCUCUGGUAUGCAUUUUUCUUCCAGAGCUAAGACCAAUUUACUAGACUGAGGUACGUCGAGUACUGUCAUUAGUUAGUACAAUGAGAUUAAAGUCUGCUUGUGUUUUCUUAUUAUUUCUUAUUUGUUUCCUUUAUAGGCCAUUAUACAGGGCCGUGUUUAUGCCCUCCGUUAUGAACUGUGUGACGACUUGCCCAGAGAACCAGACCUCACAGAUAGUGAUCCACGAAGGACCAUGUGGGACACUCUUUCUCCAAUUGCUUUGUUUGUAUCUGCACCAGACUUCUUAACAAAACAAAAUAAGCUUGUUCCUGUGGCUAUUCAAAUGGACUAUACCCCCGGUACGGCAAACUUUUUUUGGACCACUUUCUGGAAACAGUUUUAAUUACGCUUGUAUUCCUUUAUGUAACUUCAACUAAUUUAGGCGUGGUUAAAACGUCGCAUUUCACGUAAGAGGAAAAUCUAUUGCUCCCGUUCACUUGACGUAAAAUGCGAAAUUCAACGUUUGAACCGGGCCCCUAAAUAGAUUUAUGCUUCAUGUUCCUUUAGAUAAUAAUCAUAAAGUCAAUUAUUGAUGUUACUUGGAUAUCGAGUAAUGAUAUUUCCAUUUUGGGAUAAAUUUGGCCACAGGGGUAAGUUCUUAUUUACUAAAAGCAACUGAGCCAGGAAAAACAGAAACACAAUUAUCCCAGAUAAGGUGAGGCACGCCCGCGAUCCAGGAGAGUACAGUACAAUAAAAUGAAAGGAGUGCCCUACAAAUGCACAUAACGAUGUCCAGACGGGUACACGCCUUCAAUGGUCGCUGGAGAAAUGAAGCAUUGAUCAGUCACAUUGUGCAUAAAAGCAUUUUAUUUCUUUGAGAAACAAAUUUCCCAUAAACCAUGUUUGUCUAUUGUUGGUUUCACACUAGAGCUCCAAGUAUAAUGUAAGUAUAGACUUGGAACCUACUUUUGAGUGUGAAGGGGUAAAAUGUACCUACUUAAACUUUACUUGGUGACCAUGGAAAUGUUCGUAGUUCAAAGAAGCCGAAGUUCGCCGCCAAGUAUGGGCUUCACCACACUUGAGAAAUGGAAGCCAUGUGCACGAUGUGCACGUGCAGCGGUUCAAAGAUUCUAAUGAAAGGAGAGAUUAAUAGCUUUUACUUCAUGUAAUAUACUAUGUCAACAAGUGUAAGGCAUGUUUCCUACAGAGCAACUUAAGAUUUCUAAGUGCACUUGCUUACUUGAAACAAACUAAGCCUCUAGUGUGAAGCCAAGUUAUAUCUUAAAAAAUAAAAAUGCAUGCAAGCUAGCACAUAAUGGGUAUUAAUUUUAAUAAAAAAUAGUGCUAUCACAAAGAAAGGAGCAAAAAUAGAAAUAUAAUUGUUGGCUUACAUAAGAGCUCUCAAGAAUAAUCUAAGUUUACCUGGAACCUACCGCUUGUACUUCAAGUAACAUACUCGUCAACAAGUUUGAAGCCACGUUUCUUCAGAGAGACUUAAGAUUUCCACGUGCUCUUGAAUCAAUAAUUGCUUAAUUGCGAACUUCGCUUCUAGUGUGAAGCCAACAAAUAUCUCUUGAGCUGCAAGUUUCAAUUGUGCUGACCUCUUUUUGCAUUCUUACAUGUAGAUUCAGUGGUUUUUACGCCCGAAGACGAAGGCAACUGGAUGAUGGCUAAACUGAACGUUCAAGUCACAGAUCUUGCAUACGCGCAAAUAGUGGAACAUCUUGCUAAGGUAAUUUAUUAUUGUUGCUUACGAUAGAUGUACGGCCGCCCCGACCUGUUGUGGAUGGCCAUGGGAUAGUUGGUUCUUAAUUUAGUUAACCAUUUCUAUCAUUUCAAUAUGGUGGCAAAACUCUGUUAGUUUCAGGCCACGAGUGUAUUCCUUAGACGGAAAUGGAACUUCCGGGCACAAACUAGCCUCUCAAAUUUUGGGCAAUAUAUUUCUCUAUUCAUUGAAUGGAGUCGAUUUUUAUAUUUAGAGGCGGAAUAUCGAAUAACUAGCAAUAAAGUCGUCUGAAACUCUCACUCUCUUUCUACAUUUAUUGCUGUUGUUUAAAUAUAGUAGGUCAUGCGGUGAUAUUUAGAGUACCUUUAAUUAAUGAUUAAUAAUUAAUUCAUGAUUAAUCAAUUCUAAAAUUUGCCGGGUUUAUAUGUAUUCAUUAUUCAAGGUUCAUUUCCUGAUGGAACCAUUCUGUGUUAUAUUACGACGCACGCUGUCCCCUCGGCACCCGUUGUAUCAAAUACUACAGCAUCAUUGUCGAGAUGUCUUAAUACCGAACACAAUCGGAGCUCCUGUUCUUGUUGGCGAAGGAGAAUAUAUGGAUCAGCUGUUUGCAUUUGGAACUGUUGGAACUAAUCGACUUUUGAACGAUGCACAUCCGUUAUCCACAUGGAACGUUACAGAUUUUAGAAAAGAGUUAAAAGUGAGUUGUUACUUAAGGCAACUUACCAUUCUUUUAUUCACUGAUGUCAGGCUAUGCCAACAGCUGUCUCAUGUGUUUCCAUAUAUGCUUGUUCGUAAGUUGUCUAUGUCAUGACAUUUGCUUAAAAUAAGCCAUUAGAAAAAGGCAGCCACUGAAUGCGAAGUAUAGUAGAUCGGCUUGGACGCUUGGGUACAAAGGAAGGAAUAUUCUAAUAUUCUAAUAAGAGAGUAUAUUGAUGAUAGCAAUAGACCUUUCCCGCAUUACGCUCCAGUGAGCAGACAUAAAGAAAUGAGGUCGAGGCUCGGGUGGACAAUUUCAUACAAAUCACUGUAUUUUGUACACCCGAGCCUCGAGUUGGUGCCUUUGUUUACAGGAAUGCAGGAAAGAUCUAUUAUGGACAAAAUUCAAGAAAAUUAAAACGAGAUGAAUUGCCUGGGUUUUUCUCAAGAGUUUUUCAGUUUAGGUCAUUCGUUUGAAACUUUAAUCAAUAAUGCUAGGGAAAAUAUGUCAUUCAGGGGGUUGUUCAAAAAAUAUUGAUAAGAUUAUUUACCAGAUGAAAAUCAAAUUUCAAGGAUGAGGUGCAAUCUGCACAUAGCAUUAUUUAUUUGUCUUAUUCUGUGAGAGUUUUAACUGCAAUUUUUUUGUCAAUGAUCUGACUUUUGUAAUGUUGUAUUUAUAAGAAACGCGGAGUGGAUGAUAAGGAUCUCCUUCCAUACUUCCCUUACCGAGAUGAUGGAGAGAAAAUCUUGGAGGUUAUUGAAAACUUGGUGAAGGAAUAUGUAGACUUGUAAGUAUGUAGAAGAUGUGGAACGAUAUCGCAACCGGUUACAUAACAAUUAUUCACCGAAGUGAGGGUGGCUAGUUGUGGAUAUUUACCUUGCAGCUUCGCGGCUUGGUAAAAUUAUACCACUAGCCACCGAUACUGGGUGAAAAAUUGUUUUAGUAUAUACUAAAACAGUGAGAUAAUUGAGCACAAAAAUGAUUAGUUUUAACUCAUUUACUGUUGCCAACGACAACAAUUUUAGCGAGCAAUGACCGAACCGGCGGUCGCUGCGUUUUCUUACCGACAAAUAGAACUUUUGAAGGCAAUUGUUAAGCUCUUGCGGGGAAAUUUCUUCAAAAGGAGUUGUGAAUUCUUUUUAUAUUUAAAACCAUCCUGUAAAAAAAAAAACAUUAAGUCUAGUCUUAAGCUUAUUUGUAAACAUGUCAGCUAAAUAAAGUAACGCAAGACUUAAUUUACAUUUGCAAACAAAAACGUUUUUUUUUCCGCUUUCAUCGAUAAAAUUCAAGUCAAACAGGCAAAGCCUUACCUGUUAAAAAUUGCAAACCGAAUUUCGUCACCUUCUUCGUGUAUUUUGGGAACAGCUUGUUUGAUUAUUUGUGAGGAAUUUGGGAGGAACUGGAGGUGAAUCAGUGAAUAGCACUGGACAUCCCGAGUUUGAGUAGGCAAUCAGAGCGCGCGAAAAACACUAUCCACUGUUUAAUUAUAUACUACUCUGAUAUAUGAAUCGAAUUUACCCAAACCUAAAAGCGGGGCUACCAUUAAACUCUUUCAAUAUAUUAACUUGGAAAUUAAAAUGUUAACUUUUAACCGUGCAAUUCAAUAAUCUCGAAGCCACUAUCCAUAUUGACAAGUAAUUUAACAAUCAUUCACCGAAGGCGAAGUUGAUAUUGUUGAAAUAAUUAUUCAGCAAUAGGUGAAUAAUUGUUUUAGUAUACGGCUACUUCGAGAAAGGCUGUCGGAAAAAGUGCACGCGACAUUCCCUAAAGGUAUUUUGUGUGGUUUCGAGUUAACAGUUCGUUCGUACGAACGACCAUGGACGUAUGUUUGCGAGUGCCAAAGGAAAGCACCAGAAGUAGGUUCCACAGCUACUGAGUGCCAGGAACAGUGUAUUGAUCAUAUCCCAUAUCACCUUUCGGGAUUGUCGCAAGCACAUUUUUUCCUACCACCUUUCUCAAAAGAGCUGUAUACACACAAAGUGAUCUCAACAGAAUCAGAAAGGAAACCAUUAGAAAACCAUUUAGUUUGAUUAACGGAUGAAUUCGUGCGUUAAUGAGAAAACAAAUUUGUGGAAAAUUCCAAGUCGCUCUAUAUUUUCGAACGAUUCGCCGGCUGUUUUGCUUAGAUAUUGAAGAAGAAUGUAUAUUUAUACAAUGUUACACAUUCAAAAAAGACAACUUUUCUGCCCUUUCCAAUAAGGUACAGCUUUAAGGCAUUAUAAAUAAUAGCAGAGAUAUAAUUUUAAAAGGUACAUGGUCAACUUACGUAAAACCUAGCUGCAUGAAGAUGUGGAAUCAAAAUUUUGUAUACAAAUAAAAGGUUUGUUCUGGUAGUCAUUAAAACUUACCUUAAAUAUCUUUUAAACAUGGUCCAUUUUCCGAAUAACUAUUUCCUUCUAAAAUAAAUUAUUGCCGAGCUAGCAAACGAGCACCCUAUAGCUUUAUAUGGCACUGUAAAUAACAGCAGAGAUAUAAUUGGAAAAUGGAACAUGUUUAAAGAUCUCUAAUGUGCCAGCGAAUAAUAUGAUUGAAUGGGCGUUAACAUCUAAGGGCUGCCCCCUAUCCUUACCCCAAUUAGAUUCAUAAUAAAGAAUUAUACUCUGUUAUUGUUUACUGUGCUCCGCAAGUAUUUGUUUGCAGAAAUUGAAUUAUUGCCAUGAAUUUCAUCGUGUUUUAGGUAUUAUUACGACAAUCAAGACGUAAAGAAUGACAAGGAAUUUUGCAAUUACCUCAAUGAGUUGUCUACUGAUGGAACAUUUUUCUUCCACGGUCGCAUUGGAAAGGUAAUCUUACAGAGUCAUAUUGCUGAUAAGCUGUUCUGUUUGUUUUCUGCUGUAGCGUCACCUAGCUGCCGUACUACUAACCUUAAGGCGAGACGGCUUUGUUCUCCAUAAGACUUUCUGGGAAAAAUGCAGGGAAUAGAGCGCCCCAUGCAAUCAGGCCCCGGAACAUCUGGGAGGGUAUAGAUUCUAUUUCUGAAGGGAACUCAAGAAUUUAAGUCUCGUGACGUCAUGAUCAUCAAAAACUUCUAACUUUUGUUUGUUGUGGCAAAUAUCUUGCCUCUUAAUUACAGAAAAAAUUUCGUCCGUAACACAGGCCUAUCGGACUUUUAAGAUUAGCUAGAACAGUAUUUUUUUACACUGAGUAGAAAGAAAGAUUAAUUUCGUUCGAUUCUUUACCCAUGUGAUUUGUCCAAAAAGGAUGCGUCAUUUUGUACAUGGAACUUACUAGCAAACAGUUUAUGUUUCAUAAUUCUUGUUGAACUGACAAUGAUCAAAUUUAAAAAGAACGCCAAUUUUCCCUCUUUGGGGAAAAUACCUAUAAACGUAUAAUAAAGAGACGCAGAUGGGGUGAGCGUAGAUAUCGAAAGGGAUUAAUUUCGUGAUCGCUUUUCUAUUGUUUGAUUGAUCAAAAUAAAUCGCACUAUCCUUCUUUACUAAUCAGGCUCGGCCAGCAAAGUAAACCAGUCUUAGCUUUUUCCCCUCUUGGUGCCGGUAACAUGCAUUUGCCUCCAAAAUUUGAUUGCGAUCAUGAUGAUGAUUAUUAUUUUCUAAAACUGUCUACUAUAGAAUAGAGCGAUUUUCGUAUGACUUUGAAAUCACAUAAAAACGCACGCACAAAACAGAAACAACAAAAGAACGGAAAUAGAGCGAUUUGAUUGGUUUAUCGAACGGAUGCAAACGCGCGUGGCUUUUGGUUGGUUAAGCGAACGCUCGGGUGAAGGAAACUUUAUGUCCGAGAACUUUCUAGAAAUCAAUCGAUAUUCGCUUUAACGUCAUACUCAAACACGAUAGCUAAUCGAACAAUGCCUUCUUCAUAUUAGGUUUUUCUUAGGCGGGAAAACAAAGAGUCCAUGUUUUGAUCUUUUCAUCCAUUGGCUGAUAUAAAAGACAAAAUACCGAACACUUACCAUUUUUACCAUACCGAAACCAUUUUUCAAGGUCAUGCAAAAAAUCGCUCUAUCACUAAAAAGCCCAACCCGUUCUUAUAAAUAUUAAAAUUUACUGGUCCAUUCACCCUAUAAAUGGACAGCAAUGAAUCAACAUUGUGUCAAUUUUAACAGAUUCAAGGUUUACCGCCAAAGAUCAGUACUAAAGAAGAACUCUGUGAUAUUGUAACCCGGAUCAUCUCACAACUGAGCCUCCAACACGCCACAGUCAACUACCCGCUAUCAGACUAUGCUGAGUACACUCCUAACCUACCAACGAAGCUGUACAAUGACACCAGACUGAAGGAGGGGGAAUUCUCGGUUCUCCGACUUCCAAACAGGAAUACUUCUGUCGUAAGUUCAUCAAUUAGCAGGUUCCGUUGUUGGUUAAGUGUGUUUGAAGUUGCUGGGCUAAAAGUCAUAAUAAUAUUGUAGUAAUCAAAUACCUCACGAAUACAGCUUUAAAAAAUGCCUCCUCUGGCUUGUCCCCAAUCUUCUCUAAUCCUUUGCAGGAUCGGAGACUACUACAGCAUCUCUGCGAAGGGGAUGAUGGGAAGCGAAGAGAAAAAGGAAGAGGUUCCGCAUAUCUUAAUAUCUUACGCCAUCACUUUAAAAUGUCCAUAGAAUCUAAGAGGGCAUUCAUCCAACUAAUUUCCUCUGGUUUCUCUAUUCUUUUUAUUUAAUAUGUUUUAUUUUAUGAUUAUGAUUACGAUUAUGAUUAUGAUUAUAAUGAUUAUGAUUAUAAUUAUGAUUAUCAUUUCAUCAUCCGCUACAUCAACAACUCCCUCCCUAAACGUAAGAAUAUGGCAAGAUGGGGAAUACGGUAUCACAAAAUCCUGAUUGCUCCUUUUGCCUUAAUCCUGAAUCACUCCUUCAUGUUGUCGCUGGUUGUCAACAAUACCGUGAUCGCUUUACCUGGAGACACGACUCAAUCCUCAACUUUAUUGCCAAGUCACUUCAACCUGUAAUUAAUGUUCACUCUUCACUCUAUGCAGAUGUUAAUGGUUUUCUGAAUAAUAAUCAUCAUCAGGGAUAAUAAUAAUAAUAAUAAUAACUGGUGAAAAUUAUCGUCCAGAUCUUCUAACCUUAAAGAAACCUUGAAAAAGAAAAAUAUCUGAACUUGAUCAACGAAAUGAGUAGAAAUUAAAGAUAUGUGAGAUUUGUAAAUCUCUCCAUAAGCUCCCUUGGCGUUUUCUCCGAUGAAUGCUCCAUGUUCUUAGACAUGAUGAAUGACAUUGGCAUUGACAAAAAGCAGCAACUUUAUAUAACCAAGAAAAUGAUAAAUAUAGCCAUUAGAGCAACACAUUACAUCUUUUGUUGUAGAAAUAGGAAUUGGGAUAGCCCAGACUUAAUGCAAUUUUGAUUUCUUUUCUUUUCUUUUCUUUUCUUUUCUUUUCUUUUCUUUUCUUUAUUAUUGCUUUUGUUUUGUUUUGUUUUUAUGAAUAAUCCAAUCUCAAGCUGCAUUUGUAAAUUGCCUAUACGUAGCGAGAUUUACAAUUGUACAUUCAAAGACACAAAUAAAAGUUCCAAUAUUAUUAUUAAGAACUUUGUUUCUUUUUAAUAUCAGGGACGGAUAAUUCUCUUUUGUAAAUGACUGUGGACUGCCUGCAAGAGUUAUUGAUCGCAUUUGGGAAAUCGUUAUUGACAGAAUGACUGUAUUUUUAUGAUUUAUAUAAUUCUUAAUGUUAUAUAGUGCUUAAUUCUUAUUUCAAAUAUUUCUGUAAAUUAUUUAAAGUCGAAUAAAAUUAUUAUUAUUAUUAAUUAUCGUUAUUUUUUUUUUCGGCGGGGAGGGGGGGAGGGUGGUCCAUAAAUCGAUAUGUAAAUAAACGCUUUACGGCUCACAAUUAAUGACCAUUUUACACUUUUGAGCUUAGUAUCCCAGCCAAUGAUCGAAAGUGAGGUUGCGAUUGACCUUGUUUUGAUACAAACCUUCUUCCCUUUUCUCAUGGAAAUUAUUCUUAAAAAUACAAGUUAGCAUAAGAACGACAUACGUUACAUAAUAAAAGCAGAAAGGGUUGUAUCAAAGGUCAACUCCAGCCCAGUCGUUUCCACCUCUAACUGUCAAAUGGACCAUUGAUGACUAUGAAGUGCUAGCGCUUGAAUAAUCCCGGUUUCGAACCUAUUAAUUGUAAUAAAUUGACUUUGUGAACUCAGUUAAUAAAUCAUUUCACGUUUUAAUUCUUUUUUCAGGUCGAAGCCAGCUUCAGUAACUCCCUAGCGUUAUACCGUUUUGACACUUUAUUUGAUUACGGCAACAACCUUGAGGACAUCAAAGCUGUCAAUCUUAUCAACGAAUAUUACAGCUACCUCAUGUACAAUGUUCAACCUAAGAUGCAAGAAGUGAAUGAAGAGCGAAAGGAAAGAGGUGAUCUGACCUACCCCUACCUUAUCCCAAGAUGGAUACCUAAUGGCAUUCAGACCUGAACAUUUUUCCAACCAGAUUAAGCGAGUAGAACCAUGACACUAGUUUGAUUUUUUGUUCUUCUAGUAAGCUAAGGAGGCAGCACAUUCUGAUGCACUUUUUAGUAUCCCAGAAAUGCAAGUUUUACAAUUGAGCUUCACAUCUAUCUUUUGUUAAGUUAG